GUGCCUAUUAGGUGUAGAUAUCCUAUGUGAACCGCUCACAUUCGCUGUGCGCCUUAUAUCUUGAUCAAGUAAACGGAAUAACCCAUAGUCAGAAUCAGCGUGUACCAAAAUAUAACGAGAUGUUUUCAAAAGAUUGCGUUUCAUCCCCAUAGAAAGGUCAUAGCUAUAAAACGGGAAGGAAAUUAUCGUAUUAAUACAUUGUAUAGUUUUAUAAUUUCCAAGGAUAUGUGAGGAAUAUGCACUACUCACUCCGACUUUUUAUUGUGGUUUUUAAUAUCUUUACUGCAGAUUCUGGAAGACUAUGUGAAAACAGAGAGCAUGGGUGUUGUUCAGGGCAAGUGUGGAACGAAACGCUGGAAAUGUGUACAGAUUGUACAGCAGGAUACACGGGCAAGUUCUGCGAUAUCAGAUGUCAGUAUCCUUACUAUGGAAUGCAGUGUCUUAUGAAGUGCGAUCCUCCCCACAGUAGAGACCACUAUGAUUUCAAAACAGGGUGUGUUCACACAGAUUUGACUACUUUUGGCAAAUUCAUGGCGAGAACAAAUACAGAUGAAGGCAGCACAAAUUCAUUCAUUACAGAAAUGUACACACCAUCCAAGAAUCAAAUUGACAAAGCCAUCUCCAGUGCAUUUUCUCCUCUGCAGAUAGUACUAAUUGCUCUGUCUGUGGUGCUGUUUAUCAUCCUUGUUAUGUAUCUGUUUUUGUACAAAAUUACUAAACCAGAACAGCCAGUAGAAUCCCAUUCAGACAAGAAGAAUGCUCAUUAUGAGGAUGUUCAGGACCUCGGUUUCUAUCCAUGACGCCAAACAGCUGACUGAUUCAUAAUGCAUCUCCCUGUAUUAUUUAUUUUCGAAAGAACUACAUCAAAUUUGUUGAUUAUUAAUCAUUGUGUGACAUAUGAUUUAGAUUACCAGUUUAUAUCAAGUUACGAUUCAAAUUAUAUAUAUUUUAGAUAUUUACUUUAGAUGAAUCUAUGUGAACUUUCUGAAGGAUGACGAAAUGUAUAUCAAUAUCUAUUGAUAGAAUAACUACUUUUCAUAUAAGCUACUUGUAGGUGAAAUAUAUUCAAAAAAAGAUUAUUAAAAAAUUAAAAUGAUAUGAUUAGUACAGAAUUCUUUUUAACAUUGUUUAUCAUUUCUUCACUAUUUAAGUACCAACAUACUUACACUCUCCCCUGUUUAUGUACCAUGGUCAUUUUGUUCAUCUACGAACUCAAACUUCAAGAGACUGAUACACAGCUUCACACUUCCUCUUGAAUGGGUUUUAGAAUAAUGACAAUGAAAUUUAUAUGUUCUUUUUACUUCAUAUUGAUCAUUGUUUAAAUUUGUUUAAUUUCAAGUUACGUAAAUAAUAAAUUCUUACUGAAACGUUU